AUGAAUUUUGCUUCACGCAUAUUAAAUUCUCCACAAGAAAGUCGGACUUCCAAUGAUAGGUUCUUAUCACCUGUAAAACCUUCUCGUCCUCGAUUAUCUCUUACACCAGACGUAAAAUUUUCAAAAUCUUCCCCAAAAUUUUCAGCAAAAGCAUUCUCACCUUCUUCAUCUCAGGAAAGAUUUCAUUCUCCUGGAAGAAAUUCAUUGUCAUCACCAUUAUUUGCAAGUAACAGCCAAGAUAGAUUUAACAGUCCUCGUAGAUCAUCUUCUCGUGCCUCAUUAGAUUCCCAACCAUCAUCACCAAGUUCCAAAACCAGACACUAUCCAUCUAAGCCAAUUCAUAUUGCAAAGUUUGAAGAUAUUCCAUCUGAUUUCUACAUAAACCCAAUGGAUUGGUCUAGAAAGGAUGUCCUAGCCCUUGCAUUAAAUAGUGGACUAGUAUUUAUCAAUCCAAAAACAUUCGAAGCAGAACUCCCUCCUCAAGCUCCAGAAGAAAUUCUUUGCACAAAGUUUAAUAAUGCUGGCAAUUUACUUUUUCUUGGCUGCUCAGAUGGCUCAGCGACUAUAUAUGAUGCUCUCAGAUACACGCCUGUCAUGAAUAUUGAUACAUGCCAAAGUUCAAUACUUUGCAUUGAUAAUAAUGAUUUUAAAUUCUUUGCCGGACAUCGAAAUGGACAUUACUCAAUCGUAGAUGAGCGAAGCUGUGAAAUAAUCAAUAAUGUUGAAGCACAUUUUGAAGAACUUUGUAAUAUUAGAGUUUCUCCUGAUGGAAAUAAUAUCGCAUCAUGUGGAAAUGACUGCGUUGUUAAAAUCUGGGAUAUAAGAAAUCUACAAAAACCAAAGACAGUAUUUGAAGACCAUGAAGCCGCAGUUAAGGCUGUUGCAUGGUUACCACAUGAAAAUGCAAUCAUAGCUACAGGAGGCGGAACUAGUGAUAGAACAAUUAAGCUUUGGAGAAGCGACACAGGCGAAGUAUUGCAAAGUAUUCAAACAGGAUCUCAAGUCUGCAAUCUCUUCUGGAAUGAAUGCUAUAAUGAAAUUGUUAGUACACAUGGAUUUUCCCAGAAUCACAUUGCUGUUUGGAGAGGUGGUGAUUUAGCCCCACUUGCAUCUUUCAAUACUCAUAAGGAAAGAGUUUUAUAUAUGGCUGCCUCACCAAAUGGAUCUAAUAUUGCGACAGCUGCACCAGGAGAUAAUCUUCAAAUUUGGAAAAUGUUUCCACCGAAGAAUUUGUCUGUUUCAGAGUCUAUUCUCCUUCUCAGAUAA